GGCGCGGCUGACGUGCGGCGGCGUUUCCGGGAAGAUGGCGGCCGUCGAAGCGGUUGCGGAGCCGGUAACGGUGGUGGCAGCUGUUGGUCCAAAGGCGAAGGACGAAGAGGAGGAGGAAGAGGAGUCGCUGCCACCGUGCGAGGCCGUGCGCUGGGCCCCCGUGGGGGCAGUGGCGGAGGCCGCGCCUGGGACGGCCGCGUUCUCGGAAGAGGCGGCGGCUGAGGAGCCCGGCGCGGCCCCGGGUUCCCCUCCGGACUCGCCCGGCCGGACGCUGAGGCGUCUGCGGGCCGAGCGGCGACGGCUGGACUCGGCACUGCUCGCGCUGUCCUCGCACUUCGCGCAAGUGCAGUUCCGCCUGCGCCAGGUGGUGCGCGGGGCGCCCGCGGAGCAGCAGCGCCUCCUGCGCGAGCUCGAAGACUUCGCGUUCCGCGGCUGCCCUCACGUCCUGGGAUAUGGGGGACCCGAGGACCCCGCCAGCGACGACGGCGAUGGACUGCCAGAUGACCGGCCACGAUUGCGGGGCGAGAACCAGAGUGAACAGGAAAAACGGGAACGUCUGGAAACCCAAAGGGAGAAGCAGAAGGAACUUAUACUACAGCUCAAAACCCAACUAGAUGACCUGGAAACGUUUGCUUAUCAAGAGGGCAAUUACGACUCCCUGCCGCAGUCCGUGGUCUUGGAAAGACAGCGGGUGAUCAUAGAUGAAUUAAUAAAGAAACUGGACAUGAACCUGAAUGAAGACAUCAGCUCACUGUCCACUGAUGAGCUCCGGCAGCGUGUGGAUGCGGCUGUGGCUCAGAUUGUCAACCCAGCCCGAGUGAAAGAGCAGUUGGUUGAGCAGUUGAAAACUCAGAUCCGAGACCUCGAGAUGUUCAUCAGCUUCAUCCAAGAUGAAGUGGGAAGCCCGUUGCAGGCAGAGAGCAUGCCCUGUGAGUGCAAGGCCGGUGGGAAGACUGGAAGUGGCUCCACGAGAACGGGUGGCAGCAGACUGCCUCCAGGAAACAGCCGGACAAAGGCAGAAGACGUGAAGAAGGUUCAGCAGUCGGGGCUGCGCCUCAUGCAGCGCGCGCUGGCCGUACUCCAGAUCUUUGCCGUGAGCCAGCUGGGCUGUGCCACGGGCCAGAUCCCCCAAACCCUGUGGCAGAGGGGCCAGGCUGACGGGGACUACACCCCCUUACUGAAGAGGCUGGAGAUCUCAGUAGACAGGGUGAGGCAGCUGGCCCUGAGGCACCAGCCACAUGACCACGUCAUCACCUCCGCCAGCCUCCAGGACCUGUCCCUAGGAGGCAAGGACGAGCUGACCACAGCUGUGCGGAAGGAGCUGACAGUGGCCGUCAGGGACCUGCUGGCCCAUGGCCUCUACGCCGCCUCACCAGGGAUGAGCCUGGUCAUGGCCCCCAUCGCCUGUUUGCUGCCGGCCUUCUCCUCAGCCCCCGAGGCCAUGCACCCGUGGGAGCUCUUCGUAAAGUACUACCAUGCUAAGAACGGCCGCGCUUACGUGGAAUCCCCCGCUCGGAAGCUCUCCCAGUCCUUUGCCCUGCCGGUUACGGGAGGCACCGUGGUGACCCCCAAGCAGAGCCUUCUGACAGCCAUCCACAUGGUGCUGACGGAGCACGACCCUUUUAAACGCAGCGCAGACUCCGAGUUGAAGGCCUUGGUGUGCAUGGCCCUGAACGAGCAGCGCCUCGUGUCCUGGGUGAACCUGAUCUGCAAGUCGGGGUCCCUCAUCGAGCCCCACUACCAGCCCUGGAGCUACAUGGCGCACACAGGCUUUGAGAGCGCCCUCAACCUGCUCAGCCGCCUCAGCAGCCUCAAGUUCAGCCUCCCCGUGGACCUGGCUGUGCGCCAGCUCAAGAACAUCAAAGACGCCUUCUGAUGAGAGGGCCCGGCCCUGCGCCAGCAUCUUCUUUCGUGGAGUGGGGGUAGAUGGUCAGUCUUUCGGGAUAGAAACAGAGGCGGAGGCGGGCUUACAGACGGUCUCCCCAGCCAAGGGACUGCACAGGCUGUUUUCCCCGCCAACUUCGCAUCUCCGAGAUGCCAGAGAU